UAGAAUGACCGUCAUGUGCCUGAACGAAAACUCACCCUGCUGUUAGCUGUUUCAUUUGACAUCAAGAUGCUAACUAGUUAGCCAAAAGAAACUGCAUCCGUGUGAUAUGUAUGCUUUGACAACAUUGAAGAAAAUAGGUGCGUGUUCCAGUGUUGGCUCUGUAGCUGCAGAGAAAGUGAAGCUUUGACAGUUUUCAAGCUGCACUUCUGACUGCUGCCCUUCCCAAUGAGGUACAGGGGAGCUCAGAUCUCUCUCUGGGUUCAUGGCUCGUGCUGUCUGUCCCGCCUUUCCUUGCCUGGAUCUCUGCCAGGCAGAAUCACUCUGGUCCGGACCUACAGUGCUCACCAUCAGCCCGGCUCCUCGCCACCCACUAACCCCGCCCCUCCUGAUGGGAAGGGUGGAGCCGAGGUGGUGAAGGAGCGUGCCCUGGCUGCCUUACAGCAUGCAGGUCAUUUGGGGCAGCAGUGGGGUCAGAGGUUGGCUCAGACGACCUCCGCCUCAGUCAACUACUGGUGGCAGAGGUACGAGGAGUUUGUUGGGCUCAACGAGGUCCGCGUGGCCCAGACCAAGGUCACUGAGGCUGAGGCAGCGUUCAUGGUGGCCAGAGGGAUGGUGCGCGAGGCUCAUGCUAGCCUGGAGGCCCUGCAGGGCAAGCUGAAGGAGGUCAGAGACCGGCUGGACAGAGUCUCCAGGGAGGAGGCUCAUUACCUGGAGCUGGCCACUCUGGAGCACAAACUGUUGCAGGAGGAGCGUCGUCUCCGGACAGCGUACGAGAACGCAGAGGGUUCGGAGAGGGAGAAGUUCGCCUUGUUCUCAGCAGGCGUUAGGGAGAGCCACGAGAAGGAGAGGACAAGAGCAGAACGCACCAAGAACUGGUCCGUCAUCGGCUCGGUGCUCGGCGCCCUGAUCGGGGUCAUGGGAUCAACAUAUGUCAACCGCGUCCGCCUGCAGGAGCUGAAGAAUCUGCUGCUGGAGGCCCAGAAAGGUCCAGAGAGCCUGCAGGAAGCCCUCAGAGUCCAAGCUGGAAACCAUCGCUCCCAGCAGGACGAGCUCCGAACACUCAUCGACAGCCUCAGGGUCGCUCUGAAUUAUGCCUUCUCACAGAGGGACAGCGUCCUUCAGGAUAAGGGAGGUCCAACGCCAGACUCUCCCACGGUGCCUCUAUCAACCUUAAAAGACCUCCACAUUGGCAACCAAAGGACAGAGUCCCUCCUGGAGUCCCUCCCGCCACAACUGGAACAGCUGGAGCAGGGGCUCGGUAGAGUUGAGGGCGAAUUGUCGGUGGUGAGGAGGCUGCUAGAGACCAGACCACAGGCUGAAACGCAAGCUGCUCAGCUGAAGGUAGCAACAGCAGAGAGACCAGAGAGAGGGGACCAGUGGGAGUCUGAGGCGGUGGUGAGGCAUCUGGAGGAGACCCAGAGGACGCUGGGAGAACGAAUCAGGACCAACACUGUUUAUAACGCUGUGUUUACCUACACCGCCACCGCCAUCACCAUCUCUGCUGUCUACCUGCUGCUCAGAGGAGCUGGUUAGACAUGUUUCUCCAGUUUAAAUAUGUUCACAUGCACUGUAACAUUUUCAUUCACUGGGAGAGAUAAUCUAAAUUAUGUUAUAAUUAUGUCAGAAUACAACAUUUACGUGGUUGGAAGUAACUCAGUUUCUUUCAUAAACUGGUUACAAUUGUUAAUUUAGGCUUCUCAUCUACUGCUGCUGUUUACUGCACUACUGAUUGCUUCUAAAUAUUUUUAAUUCUGUGAUCUCAAGAUAACACGUUAACUAACAGGAGUUUGGUCCUAAUUCCAGCUGUGCUGCAUUCAAGUGCUAGCGCUCACCAGUCUUAGUAUUUAUCAUUUCUUGUCCAUAAUUGUAACUUGAUUUAUUUUUUUCCAAAUUGUCAAACAUGAUAAUCAGAUUUGUUGUCUAAUCUGACACUACGCAUCACUGAAUCAGAUUCCCACCAGAAUGAAACACUGGAGUACAGAAUAGACAUCAUGUUGAUAUGAUGUCACAUGUGACACAUCAGGUAACCGUAGGACUGCAUCAAUUUAAUACUUGUCAUCAUUUACUUUAUAAAAUGUCAAAACUGCCCAUCACAAUUUCCUAGAGCCAAAGAUCAUGACUUCAAAUUACUUGUUUUGUCCAUCCACCAUUGCUGGAUUAACCACCUAGUGGCCCCCAGGGGCUUAAAUGAGCUGUGGGCCCCUACUGACCACCCUGUUUGUAGUAAUUUGGUAAAAGACUAAUUUAUUUAGGAAUAUGCAGCAUAUAAAUUAUGACGCAGGGCCCUCUCAAAGACAGAUAAUGAUGCAGGACCCACCUUAAGGCCAGUAUCAUUUUGAUUUAUUGGUGCAUAUUCAUCUAAAGAAAUUGAAUAUGGGGCCUUUGGUGCUCCACGGCUUUGCCCAGUUAGUCCAGCGCUACUGACGGUCAAAAUGCUAAAAUAUUAAAUUCAUUUCAACUCAUUAUAUAAAACAGAGAAAAGCAACAAAUCCUCACAGUUGAGAAGCUGUCAAAUGUUUGUCAUUUUUUCUUGAUACAUGACCUGAAUGAAUAGCCAAAUGUUUUUUGCUACAUUUUCUGUCAUCUAAUCGCCAAAUUGUUUCAGCACUAGGUAAGAGCAUCUCAGAAACCUCCCCGUUUUGCAGAACGGCUGCUCGAAAGCAUUGUUUUUCCUGAUAAGAAUUCAGAGUUUCUGAAUCUGGAGAGCAGCAUUAGUCUUCGUCACUGAAUGAGAUCAUCAGCUAAAUACCUAAAGAGACGAAUACCAGUUUAACUAAAGCUUGUGCUUUGUUCACGCUGUACCUGCUGCUCAGACACUUGAAGACAUGGAUUCAUUUUUAGAUGAAAGAAAAAAUGUAAUGAUUAUUCGCCUAACAACCACUUCUAAAUCAAACACCUGUGACAGUCAAAACAUCACUUCUGGAUAGAGACAUAAUUUAGGUUAGCUGUUAUCCAAUUGAUGGAUCCAAACAUGAUGGGUUUUACUGAUGAUAAUUGAUGGUAAUAUGUGGCCAAGUUAGUCCAGUGCCAAGUGAGUUUUUAACUUUGGUGACUUGAUUCAGCCUUCUCAUCAGCAGCCUUGUCAGUAGUUGACCAGCUGAACCUCAGAGGGACUACAUCCUGUUCAUGAUCCCAGCUCUGGGAUUCAUUUCCAGUCUGCUCCAAACUAAAACAGCGCAAUACUCAGACAACAGACGCACUCGAGUUGCACUUGAUUUUUGUUGCCAGACAUGUAAGAAGAACCCAUUCAUUUAGAUUUGGUUGAUUCUCUUCUCACCAGAAAAUUUAGAUCAGAAAACUUUUCUUAUUUCAUGGGACAUGAAAUUGUGCAUGAGAUCAGUAUAAGCACCUGAAGGAGCAAUAAUGAGAAUAAAUGAACUUUUCAUUACUGUAAGAAAACAUUGUCAUAUGAAUCGACAAAAUCAGACUGACCAAUUAAAAUCUCUAUAUGUUCCCUAACAAAACUUUGAGAUGGCCUUUACUUGCCUUUAAUCACUGUUGUCUCCACUGUUCUUUGGAUAAAAAAUAAAAUGAGAAUAAUUCCAAACAUCUGAUGAAGAAAGA